GUUGUUUGCGAGGAUUAAACCCAUUACUGGAUGACAUUAACAUUUCACACCCACUACUUCAAAAUGCAGGCAGCUCUAACCUUUGCUCCAACCCUUCUCCCUUUGACACCCUCCAAGAACUUUUCCCUACCGACCAGUUUUCCUCCUAAAACUAGCUCGCUUGGUGCUCGCUUUGCCCCAAUCAAAGCAACUCCCGCUGCCAAUGCUAAUGAUACUACCACAGUUGAUUACAGUUCCAUAAACUCUGUAUUUCCAGCAGAGGCUUGUGAAACUAUUGGUGGAGAAGCCUGUUUGGCAGACAUAUACCCUGAAGUAAGGCUCCAACCAGAGGCCACAAACAGGACAGCCAGAAUCGGUUCCGAGGAUGUUGACAGAGAAUAUCUCGAGUACACAGAUGCAAAGACGGUUUUCCAAGGAGAGGCUUGUGAUGAUCUUGGAGGAAUCUUCUGUGAGCACGAGUAUCAGAAAGGGGUCUAUUAGAGGAAAGCUGCUUGCUUUGUCUAAUAACACAUAUGUUAGUGUUGAACCAAUGUAUAUGCUUCAGGUUCUCUAAUUACAAUGUGUAACUGCAUAUGUUCCUCAAUCUAUAAUAAAUAGACUUUGUGGGAA